AUGUCUAGUGAGACCCCAAGAUUAAGUCCAACAGAAAUUUCUAACACAACAGUCUCUAUCUUUAGACUGAUCGCACAAGUUGUCUCUCAACCGACAUCAUCCACAUUGAUAUUGAAAUCUCCAAGUGAUGCAAAGACAGAAGAGAUGAUAACGUUGAGUAACGUCAAACUUACUAUGGCCGACAAAACAUACGAAACAGAUCAAUGGUAUGAAUUUAUUUGUAGAGCAAGUGAUUCUGGUGAUGUGGGUUUUUUAGUAUUGGAUUCUGUUAGUUGUCCAUUAAUGGAAAAUGAACAAAUGAGUAUUAAAGGUGUUGUUGCAUUACAAAAUCUAGCUAAAAGAUUCCCUGAUCUAUAUUAA